GAUUGUCAGUUCGCUAAAACCAAGGAUGAUACUGCCCUCCGUGUUGUUUACCAGGGAAACUUCUAUUUGGGAGGGUGUGGCAGCUGCUGUAAGCGAUGGUUCAUCACUUUCAAUGGAGCCGAGUGCAGUGGUCCCCUGCCUAUUGACGCAGUGCUGUGGAUCCGAAAUAAAGACGAAGACAACCACAGACCCGGGUUCAUUGAGGGCUACUGUAACAACAUACACAAGGGCAAAAUCCGAGUUGGAAUCAACAUUGGGAAUUGUGCAGGAUAUGGGAAUUCCAAUGGUCAAACAGGCUGGAAUUCAUUUUCCCGUUUGAUCAUUGAAGAAGUUCCUCGGUCCCAGUAACAAGUUGAAAAGCGUCACGUUAUUAUUAAUGACGUAAUUAAGGGCUCUAAUAACAUUUUCAUGUAAAGCAGUUCAGCUUCAAAACCACAAUAAACUCUGCACGUGACUACUGAUGUAUGAAUAAGUCAUUUUUGUAUAAGCACCUAUCCAGUUUAAGGUUAUUAGCAAUGCGCCCUUUCUCACGUUUAUUAAAUAAAUGUCCACCCCUAAGACAUUAAGAUUUUUUUUCAAUUGUCCAUCCUUUAUAAAAUAGGUAUCCAGCAUAAAGGUUUUCCAGUAAGCACCCAUCCUUAAGGAUAUUAAAUAUAUGCCCUUCUUUAAGGAUAUGUAAUUUUCAUGUAAUAGGCUAUUUCCGAAUUCCAGAUGUGCUCACUCUCAAAACGAGGCUGAGUGCAAAACCUUUCUUGUGAAAAUAAGUCUUAUUUGCAUGAUACUUAAAAAUCAUUUUCAUAUGAAUAGCUUCGCACUUAGCCUCGCUUUGAAGCAGAGACUUGGGCAACUCGGUCACCAUUUCACAUAGACCAUAAUGCACCUGGUAUAUAUAAAUGGGUUUUUGAAAACCGGGUUAGCAAAAAUAUCAACUCAUUCUACUUCUUAGCAAUUUCAAACAAUAAAACUCAAUCAAAGGCCGAUUAAAAGAAUUUAUCUGACGCCAGGCAGUAAGUUAAUGGUCCCUAGAAGCAUUCCAACAAGUCCAAAUUUAAAAUGACGCAAAUUUUAGAACAUUUAUUCAGUAAUCUGACUUCGCGAAGUUUCAAACUGAUGUCAUUUCAGUCUAGAAAUUUUGGAGUUGAGUGAACUGCAGUGAAAAAGUGCCUGGUUAAGGCUUACAUAACAAUUUAAAUAGUUAGCAAAACAAUACUUUUCUCGCGGUCCGACAAAGAACAGGAUUCCGCAUGAAAUAGACAACAAACUGAAUGAAACAUUAGUGCACAAAUUAUCACCUUCUUAUCUGGAAAAACCGGCCUUUGGUUCAAUGUCAUUAGAACCCGCUGAAACUAGACCUACAAUAGAUCCAAUUUUUCUGAGUGGAGAGUUGCUUUUCCAAGGUACAAUCAGCUAAGCUAAACACCGACGAAAUAAUAUUAAUGGCUGGCACAGAAUAUUUUGGCGAAACUGCAAUUCAACCACGUGAUCAUAUACCUGUCAACACCAUGCGGAAAUCACACAAUCACACACAUUCGCGGCACUGAUAAGACUAUCCACGACGACGCAUAAUCUUCUCACGUUUAAAAUAAGCGAAAUAUCAUCGAAUAACUCGGAAAAACUCAGCCCAUUGGCAGAUAAACACCUCAGGACGUUUCUCUUACACAGUCGUCUUAUUCAAGUUCCCGGAUGUAGACUCACACGGUCGGCGGACCACCUUAGUCUUGUUUUCACACCAAGUCAAAUUUCACCUGCAAUUUUGCUCUCACCUGAUUCGUUUGACUCCUAAGAGCCUGUUUCCGAGUCCCGAGGCCAAAGACUUAGUGGUCACCUUAGAAAAGCGAACAAUAUCGUACCUUUCUGUCUCAGCCCGGAUCAGGGUGAUUGAUCCGUUUAGCCAAAUAAAACAAGAAUUGAACCUCCCAAAAAAAAAAAAAGGAAGAAGAAGAAGAAGACAAGCCCUUUAGAGCUUCAGUUCUCCUCUCCUCUCGUAGUUUUUUUUUUUUUUUUUCGCGCAGUAGCGCGAGAUCAGAGAAGAUCAUCCAUCAGAGAAGUGUAACGUUUUACCAUGUUAUGGCUGCAGACCCAUUAAACAGUGUUUUGCACUCCUUUGACAGCUGUCGGUUUAGUUUGGGGUAUUUGAAUGUUUCAUGUUAGCGAUAAAACCGGACACGCAAGAUUUCCACCAUUUUUACACUUUAGCCAAUCAGAUUUUACUUAUAGAACCCGUCACUUGGUGGUUCAAGGUGAUUUGUUGCCUGAGUGCACGUGACAGGCGUUUGAAUGGUAGGGAACUGGCCGGGAAAAUUGAUGGGUUCGAGUAAAUAAAGGGUGUAUUUCUUCCUUUCGCACCUUUCUUCGCAUUUUCCCCUUCAAAGGCCUACCGUGCAGGUUACGCGAUCAGCACAUCGAACAAUCGUAGAGAAUAAGAGCCCACGGAGCAAAGUAAACAAUACGACUGGAACUGGUGCGAUAACAAGAAAAUGAACAGUAUGAUUAAAGGACUUACCACAAGACAGAACGCGGACAUACAGUUCACCAAGGAAAUCGAAGAAAAUGGUAAGAUACCUUUCCUAGACUGCUUGGUCGAUCGCGACAACAACAGAUCACGAACGACUAUUUACAGAAAACCGACACAUGCCGAGCGAUUACUAGACCAGUCAUCGUACAACCCGACCUCUCACAAGGCUACUACUAUUCGGACUUUGAGGAGACGAGCGUAACUACUUUGCGACUCACCUGACACCCUACAAGACGAGACUGACUACCUAAACAACGUUUUUAGUAUAUAAAGAACAACUACAGCACGGACUUUGUUAGACGGAACACUCACAGUAACACUAAUUCAGACCAACGUGAACUCUGGCCCUGUGACGACAGCGACUACACCGUACAUCAGACGCACCUCUGAAACUAUCGCGCGUAUACUAUACAACCUUACAAAAUACGUGUUGAACACAAACCGAUAACCACUUUAAGACGACUGCUUACUAACAGGCAGGGAGCAGUAUACGAGAUCAAAUGCUGCGACUGCCAGGCUACUUACAUUGGCGAAACUGACCGAACACAAACGAGCGACGAGAAAUGAUGACGUCAACAACCACAUUACUGAACACCAUUUACAGACGAAACAUCAAAUCGACUGGGACUCUGCGACAUGUGUUACGUAUUCUACAGACUACUAACAACGACUUACUUUAGAAAGCUGGUUUACUAACUUAGAACAAACGUCACUGAAUCGUAGCCAACAGUUACCAGCACCGUACGAGAUCAAGCAAAACUAACUACGAGAGAACGUACGACUGGAGAACUGAAAAUUUGACUAACAGUAGACGACUGUUAAACUGGGACAAUAGACGGAUCAAAACACACCAAUUACAUUACGAGUCUUCAUAGCCAAUAACAUCACGACCAAAAACAUUGUGACGUAUUUUACCAAUCAGAUCAAUAACCAAAGUAUAAUAUCAUCAACUGACGUGAAACAACUCACUUUGACUCUGAAGAUAACUAGUUACUGAGACUACAAAGAAUAACGAAAGCGCAUUGUUCUUAUAACGAAUUUGCAUUAAAUGUUUCGGGCCGACAACGUUUUGUUUCUGGUGGAUUUUCACAUUUAUUCUUAUCGUGACGACAAAAAAAACAUAUUUGGCAAUGAAUAAUUGACAAAGGUCACUUCCGUGACUUUUCAAAGCUGCAUAUUCUCUCAAAACACUUGAUUACAACAGUACAUCGUAUAAUCAUAGUUAUUAGAGGAGACUGGUUAUGAAAAGCGGCAAACAUCAAUGAUAAAAACAACAGUGCUGCAGUUUAUGUUCAAAGCACCGUGAAAGUGCACAAUCCUUUGUUUUCUGUUGGCAAAUUGUUACGGAAUAAAUUAAUGCAACGUUUUUAUUGGUCAAUACAAUUAAAAUGAUAGGAAUUCUUUUGAACGUUGUGCACUUUCAGGUCCACAAAAACAUACAACAAAGGAGUCUGACGGGUUUCAUAACCAUUCCACUCAAUUAACUAUGGUAUAAUAUUAUUCAAAAACAAGAAAAAUUUCUCAUAAAUUAAUUCAGAAAUGAUUUUUUGCCUCAUGUUUUUUCUGUCAUAGUUUUUUGACCAAAACCAAUUUUUUUCCCUGGACCUUCAGUUUAAUUUAUAUUUUUUAGCGAAAACUGUUGAGCAGUUUAUUCAGUUGUUUCGCAGUGAUGGAAGAGGAGCUCGCUAGAUUCUGAUAAGGUAAGCUUAUAAUCGGCAACGCAAUGUGAAGCUUUUGUUCACUUUAUACACGCGACGAAUACCGUUAAUUAUACCACGGUAAAUCAGUUAAUCCUACCACAUGCUUUUUGGCGAAUUUUCCUACUACGUGAAGUCCUAUACAGUAACAAAAUAUGAGAGUCAGUGAGAGAAGAAAACUCAACGCAUACUUUGUUCUGGCUAGCUGUGCGCUAAAUUUAUGGUAGAAAUAAACAUUUGAGCCGAAAUUAAACCGCAAAUAGGCAGAGCUGCGAAAGCUCAAUGCGGUAGAGUAGGUGAAAAAAUAGUUGUGAGAGGGGCAUUAAAAUCAAGUAUUAAAGAAGCGGAAGAAAGAGGACGCACUUGACGACUAUAUCGAUUCAUGGUUGAAUGAGCCAGUUUCAAACGCCGUUUUUCUGGAAGAUGGCUUCUCAGUUCGACUCAGUGCACAACCAUCAAUUUUUAUGUUCUGUUUACAAUUCAAAGAAGCAUCAGUGCUUUUUGCACGAGCAUUAAUCUACUUUUCGGUCAUCAAAGAGAGCUUAGGUGGUUAUAAUACUUUGUUCUCUAAAUGAAACUCUUGCUGGAGCUUGACACUUGGGAGUGUGUUCAUCGUUAUUCGUGUAGCGUCAUAUGAGAAAAACUAGCAAACAAAAUGUUCGCAAAAUAAAGAUUGUACUAUGACAUAAUUUCAACAAAUGCUACGGUCUAUUAUUUAAACCAGCUGGCCUCAUCUUUCUAUUAUGCUGCGAGUAUGGGAUAGCAUCCGGGCAAUCUAACAUUAAAGCUAUGUUCAUACCAUACCGGACAGCUUUUCGUGGCACCACGAAAAGUUAUCCGAUAUAGUAUAGUAAGAACACCUAUCCCAUAUGUGAGUCUCCACUUUAGAGAUAGGCGCUGCGCAGCUUCGUUCCGUCACAGAAAUCGCGCCGCCACAACCAUUUUUGUGUGUGAACAGAAGCCUUAUCCAGUAUGGUUUUCGUGAUGAGGGCGCAAUAGCUGUUCGAUAUAGUCUGAACGAAGCGUAAGAAACACUAUCAUGCUAAGAUAUAUAAUAACAUUUCAAUACCACACAAAAUGGAAGAAUACUGGCCAAAUGAGAAAGAAGUAAAUUUACUUCUCACCAGUUUUGUUAACGUCCCGUGGUGUUUAGCGACGUUUUACCGAGAAGAUCCCAUUCCGCUCUUACUGAGAAUACAAAAAAAGCUGAAAGGGGAAAAGUUUUACAAAAUUCUAUUGGCAAGUUCUAUCUUCAUAUGCGCGUUUUGAUUAUUCUCGGAUCGUUCUCUGGUGUGUGAGUAGGAGACAAAAAGGUCAGUAUUUUGGGAUACAGCUUUGCUGAGAAUCUUAUUAUGACCCUGCGUGGCUGGUUUUGGCGGCAAAACCACCCAUGGUUCGCCCUGCUCCUUUGCCAAAACUCUGCUCGAACUAAAUAACGAUCCUGCCGGCUACGUGGGCUAAGAUUCUUUCGAAUUCUUAGACAAUUAUCAAACAGUAGUUGACGUUUGUUCCAAUCUGGCAACUCGACUGGAAUUCGCAUAAAAAUAUGCUGUACUUCUUCAGUUAAAAAGAAAAAAAAAGAAGCGUGUUUUUCUCAAUCGCGUCGAGAGUUUAUUGCAAAUAAAAGAUAAGAAACUAAAAUCGAGGGCUUUUAAGUAUUUCUCUAACAAGUAAUGAGCGACAGCCUUUGUCAAAAGGCUACCUGGGUUUCAGUAUUUUCCUCAGUUCCCCUCACUAGUAUACUGUGUUUCGUUCUUUCUGUCUGUCUGUUUUUUGGACCAAAGGCGCACGCUGCUACAAUAUGGGACGGAAGAAUUUAAUGUAUCAAAACAAAACAUGUAUAUCUUAAUCCUAAGGUUCAUGCAAGGUAAGAAAAGCAACUUGGCACUAACAAAAGUUUUUUUCGUUCAGCAACAUUUACGAAACAGUAUACAAUAAAUUUUCCAGCUCUUCUAAUCGAGACAAACUCUUUUUCAAAGUCAAUUGAUCCACUUACCUUUCAUACGCCUUUCCCUGCUGUUAUUUAUUUUUAUAAGGUUAGUAAACGUGGCAGUCUAUCGGAGCCUACUAUUGUCUUCAUCCAACAACAAGAAAAUUUUCGUUUAAGUUAAUUCAAACAGUAAAAAUUUUAUUCUCAUCAUUUAACUGCACUUGAAACAGUAAACCAAAACUUUGCUGGAGUUUGAUGCUCGAUUUUGUCAGUCCGCAACGUAUUUUCGACUUUCUUUUUAUCUCAACAUAGAAGGAAGAAAUGUUGCUGUUUGCUUUCUAUUUUACCUCUUGAUAUCUUCGCAAUGCGCUUUUGAUAACGCCUCCUCUGUCGCCACGGUAAGACUUCUAAGUAAACAAGAAAAUUUGCUUUCUUUGAACAACGUAAAAAUUGUAUUGCCAACAAAUUAAAGCAAUUAGUUUUCAGUUGUUGAAUUUGAAAGUGUUUUAGUGGAAAAAACAAAGAGCUUCUUUUAGAACUAUUUAAAUGUUUUAUCCAAAGCAGCGGAGGACCAAGCUGGCUUCAUGUUUAUGCUUAAUUAAUAUUGAAUAUUGCCAGGCUUGUGAUGAGGCCGGUCUUGCUCUUUAAUUUCACUAGAUUUUGAAAUGAUUUGUUUGUAAAUACCGGGAAAACCUAGUUUCUAAUAACAACUAACACUCGCGCUACGCCUGCGGCAGACAGAGGAGCUAGGCCAUUAUUCACCAUUAUCAACGAGAGGGUUUAUUUUAAAAACGCGCAGAAAGAUAAUGAACUUGAUUUUUUAAAAGUAGCUCACACACCAUCUGCAUUACACGUACCUGACAUAAUAACCGUCCGUGUUGCCAGAAGAAAAUUAAAAGGAAGACAGCUGAGUGAACAAAAAUGUCCUCAAAAAUUUUUUUAUAUGGGAUAAAAAAGAACUAGUUUGUUUUUAAGCACAAAAAUUUGGCGCUGAAUUAAAUCAUCAACAUUAACACAAUAAAUGCGGCAGGAAAUAAGACUAGCAGAAUUACAUUAGUGCGUUUUAUUGAGCAUUUGUCACAUACACCGAUCGAUAACGAUCGAUAACCAACCAAAGAGUUUAUUGACAACCAAAUGAAUAGUUGGUACUGUUCUUAAAUUAGGUCAGCUAACCAAGAACUAUGACAUCGUUGAUCUACAAAGCUCGAUACCGUGUCGAACCGUUUAUACUAGCCACAACAUAAGAAUAGAAUGUGAAAUCAACCUGUCUUAAUGAGAUGCCUAUUCAUCGGUGAUAAUGUAUUCCUUUCAAUCUUCAGGAGAUCCCUGCCCAAAAACUGGCUUAUUCGGUGGGCCCUAUACUACUUUAAAAUAAGGUAUUAUCGCGUCUCAUCGCAAAGUAGGUGGAAACCGGUCUGUUUCCACAGGAGUCCGGAUAAAUCGGAUAGAUCACUGAUCGAGAUAUAAGUUUCUCUACAAUCUCCUUUUUCUGCACCAUGCCAUAGGCAUAACUGCAACCAUAUCAUGGAAACGUUUGUACAUGUUUUGUCACACGUAGGCGUACAGGUCGGGGGGGCGAGGGGGACUGCAGCCCCCCCAAAUUUUGGGCAAUUCAGAUUUUUUGGGCAGCAAGAGAAAAUUUGGGCAAAGCCAGUUUUUAAAGACGUUUCCAUGUUUUUUUAUUAGUCUAAAGAGACAAAUAUUUUCUAUUUUAAUCUGAAAAAAUCCUGAAGUCAGCGUAAUAAUCCAGUUACUUUCUCUCGAGACACUCACAGUGGUUUCCUAGCACGUGAUGACUUUCUGGUUAUAGGGAAGGGUAUCAUUUGUUGAUUUACAUAUUUCUAGUUUUUCAUUGUUGAGCACUGUACUGCACUGCACUGACUGGAAUGGGCUCUUUCCAGUCGUGAAUUGAUUAGAAUAAACUUCCGCAUAUCUUUCUAGAAUCAUCUCUUACGAGAAGAAUAUUAAAUUUGUUUAAAAGUCUAUCAAGCAAUAAUUUAUUAAAGUAGACCGAAAUGUUUACAAAAUCGCUAACAAGAUCACCUCGAUACAUACUAAUGAAAUCCUUGUCUCUAGCAAUCGGCCGGAGCUAUCUCCAUGGUCAUAUCUUUUACACACGUUUUUAAAAAGAUUGAAGCUACCAUGAGGUGAAAUUGCAUGUCAAAAGAGCUUCGUAUUCUACAAAUAACGGCCAAACAUCAAGAUUUUUUUUUACCAUCUUUAUAACGAUAAAAACUUUAUCCCAAAACAUCCCAAUAACACUCCUAUAGAUUCCGUUCUAAUUUCACUAACGUUGAGGCGACUAUUGGAGAAAAAAGCUGUCGUAAACAAUUUUGUAGCAACAGUUCCCAGAGCCGACAAAUAUUGCAGAAAGUAAAAUAGACAAUGUCGUUAUUUUGUUGCUAUGACAAUUGUGAUGUCAUGAAAACUCUGCUCAUGAUAAAUUUUCAUCUUUAUCUGAUAAAACUAUGGUAGGAAUUUUUCCAAAUGUUUGUCUAUGGAGACGUAGUUAUUCUCAAAAUUGGGAGGUAUUGACCCUGAAAAACUGUCAUAGUAUACAGCCACCUUCAUAUACCAGUACGGCCUGCGUUAUUGCAUCGUAUGGCCCUCGUUUCUUUUCUACUGUUUCGUAAAAAUUUGGGCAACUUGCGAGAAUUAAUCGCAGGCUGAAGUAAUACUGCAGGAAAACCUACGGUGGGCCUCUCCUACCAAACUAAGAACACAAGACUAGAAGACGCCAACUUUGUUCAAGGAGUGCAAGAAUGUCUGUCAAAGAAGUUAGCACUGCGUGCACGGACUCUGAAUGCUGCGCUGGCUAGGUAUACACCCAAUUACAAACACGAUGUCGCAGAAAAAUGAAAAAAGGAAAAGGCCAAAUAGGAAUUGAUUAGGCUAAUAAGCCUAAUGAAUUCAUUUGCAGAAUCCGCGUAUGGACGUCGUAUUUGCCUGUUGGAAUUUGCUUUUGUUUUAAAGCUGAUUUUGGUCCGUUUUUGGUGUCACAAAAAGCAGGCCAUUUUGCCAGGCGCUCCUUGUGAAGACCGUGGAAACUGGGACUAAGAAUCGUUGCGUGAUUGAAGCCACGCAUGUUUUGCGAAGAAAGCUUAGGAAAGAUUGAAUUUAGAGCUUUUCCGAAACGUGUCGGUCCACGAAUUCUAUCACUUGAACACUACUGAGCGGUCGAAAAAAAAUAAGAAUCCUAAUUAGCAAAACUGCAAUGAUCGGAUGUUGUAAACUUUCACUGUAUGCAAAUGAGUCUUGUGAUGAGCAUGCGAUUUAUUUUCGGCGAGGAUUGAAAUGACGUGCCACGUAAAUCACUUUUUCGAUAUCGGGCGAUGAUGUAAUUUCUCUGGAAUCUUCGUGUCUUUAUACACGCGUAUAGCCUAACACGCGUACUAAAUCAAUUCAGAAACAAAUAACAAGUAUCGACGCCGAGAAAAUAGAAAGUAAAAAAGCUUUAGCGAUUAAAUCAGUCUCCCGAAUUAGUAAGGCACUGUGCCUGAGCUAUAAGACGUGAGACUAUUAGAACUACUAUAAAUUCAAAAAAUGAUCACGCUUAUAAAAUCGCUUAUUUGAAAUAUACUCUUACCCUGAACUCAAAUUCCAAAAAUGAAGCAUUUUCGUUAAAUAUAAGCCGAGAAAACGAAGGCCAAAGUUGGUACCUAAGGGACGGACCAUUAGAAAAGUUAUGGGGGGAGGGGAAUUUUCGAGCCGCAGGAAUUUUUUUAUGUUAUCAAGUUCGUUGCAUGAAUUUUUUUUAGGCCAUAGCAUGAAUAUUUUUUAGGAUUAAUUGGCGUGCAAGAAUUUUUUUCACUUAAUUUUCCCUUGCGCGAAUAAUUUUUUUGUACUUCGCCCGCCCCCACUUCACUUUCCUCUGUCUUUCCGGCCUCUGUUACAUCUGUUGCAUGUUAAGCAAAUUGUUAGAGUAAAUAAAUUUCUAUUCACCAAACGUUGAGUAGAAGGAAAACUCUGAAUUUUCCUCGGAGUUUCUUAAGCCAAAAUGUGACUCAUUGAAUACUGAAUAGUUACAAAAUACCAGGAUUUUUAUCAUUGUGGUAGAUGGUUGCAUCAUCAUAAUUCACGAGAUUUUCACGUGCGAUUCAACGCAGUGAAACAGUCUUUAACUCCGACAACUUAUUAUUUGGGCGUGGCUUAAAUAGAGUAAUGGAAACGGCUUGUUUUGACGCAAAUGUGCAAUAGGCACGCAAUACGUGCUAACGUAAACAAGGCAAGUAAACAAGCGAAGCGAGGCGAAUGUCUGUCAUUCGAACGUCUUGUACAAGGUAAGAGGCAUGUGGGAAAGAAAGCUCUGCUUGCACACUGCACUUAAUCGCACUUUUACGAUCUCAAAAUUUAAUCUGAAUCUUCAGUAUUUUUGCCUCAUCGAAAUUUGGAAGUCUGAAGUUCAGGGAUGAAAUCUAUCAAAAGUAUUUGGAAUAUUAACGUCGGGUUUUGGUCAAAUAUCACAAGCAACGAACCUUGAAACACAGAAACUCAAAAAACGGAUCGAAAUCCACCAAUCACAAACCAUAAACAAUGACCUUUUGAACCCGUUGAAGAAAACUUUCCUUUCCUAAGAGGUCCGAUAAGAUGAUUGACGGCUGACAUUUUUUUGACGAGAGGAUCAAAAUGUACCAAUCAUCGAAAGACAGUUUUAAUUGCAUGUUUCCUAAGAGGUCAUCUGAAUUUGCUCUUUUCUUUAUUUUAUGUCCAUUUUUUGUGAUUGGUCGAUUUUGUUAGGUCGAGUGGAUAAUCCAAUGAGGGACGAUUUGGAUAUCGUUUGAUCCGAAAUUUUUCGAAGCAGCAGUGAGAAGCAGUUUGGAUAACAUUUGGCCGCGGCGUUUCGAGGAACGUGUUAAUAUAUUGUUCAAUCAGGUUAUUCCGGGUUAAACUUACAAAUGCACACACUGUUCGCGGUAGGCCCGCACUAAAAAAUAACACUGAGUGUUUUGGGAAUGGGCUGGUCCGCGAACUCAAAGAAAGACAAAGGAAAUUAUCAAGACAUUCAACGACAUCAAAGACUCAUGGACCCCAUAGACGUAAUAACAAAUCGGAAUAUCAGGAGUGUACGUGUAAAAUGGAUAAGAGUUGGAAUAGAGGAAUGUUGAACAAGUUUGAGAGUCGCAAGAUUUGUGUAGCUGGUUAUCAGUGUGACAAUAGUGAUUUUGGUUUUGCAUUGCGGAACACAGUGAGUUGCCUGUGAUAAAAAUCUGUUCCGAUGAAGGAAGAGACGAUUGUCAACAAUUGAAACCAAAAGGGUCUGAGGCUUCUUUUGGAACUACUGUGAUAACUGCAACAAUUCUUCUUCAAUUUUGUUUAGCAGGGUGACGGUUAAUGUACUUGUUUUUGUAUUGCGUGUUGUGUUUUUUCAUACGAUGCUGUGCGUCGGGAUUUUGCAUUAUCAGCAAGUUUUGUGUUAGAGUGUUUUGAUGUCAGCGAGGUGACGACAAGAGAAGGUAAUGAGCUAGGUGUACAGAAGAAAAAUUGUGUUGUGGAGGAAAUAAAAGAAGUUGAAUUGAGUUCUCGUCGUGGGAAAUUCAUUUAUAACAGAACUUACGAUUUCAUUGCUUUAAAUCAGGUAGUCCAUUAUAUUUUCGGCAUGACAAAUUACCAUAAAAUCGAGAUUGUAAUUCGAAACUCGCGUUGUUUUCAAAAUUUGCAUAAAUCGGGCGCUGCAAAGAAAUAUUUAGGUUACAAGCGCUUCGAAAUACUGUACCUGUGCGUAUGGAAAAGCCGGAAACUGAAACGGAACCGGAACCGGAACUUAAAUUGAGACUGGGGUAAACUGGGAAGCACUGAAACCAGUUCCCAAUAAAAUUCAAGAUGGCGUCCUCUGUUAUCAUUGUUUUGGGAAAUUUUCAGCACAGUGAUCGUGAUACCACAGAUAUACUCACAUUCGGAAAGCGACUUGCAAAAAAAAAAGGUAAGUGCAUUCUACUGUUAUUCCUAGCAGUCAUAAACUGUGACUUCAGCUGUAGGUCGAGCAACUUUCGACAGAUCGAGACUACAACUAAUCAGAAGUCGAUUGACUGCGAAAAACAGCCAUUAUUAGUAUGUGAUGUUUAAGACCGCUGUGUUAUUCAUUUCCUUCUCUUGAGCCUAAGUUACUCUUUUCUUAAAAAAGGCUCCGUGUUUCAUCCAUUGUGAGGGAAAGGCAGCAAAGGGAGGAGGAGUACUCAUGUCAAUCAUGAUCCCAAGUUGCAACGCUCACGCGUAUAUGAAAUUCUCGAAGAAAAAUUUUGCACCUUACGCAAAAAGUGGGACAGUAAAAAAUAUAAUAACAAUAGAUAAAUAUAAUGUGGGAAUGAAAAGUCUUGAUCGAGCAAUUAUUGUUAGUGACACUCUCAAGACAGAAACGUCUGCAAUUUUUAUUUGUUAGGUUCCGGUUCCGGUUCCGGUUCCGUUUCCGUUUCCGGAUUCCGAAUUCCUUCUUUCCCAUACGCUCUUUCUUAUUUUAUCAGCUUCUGGUAUGAACGAAACGUUUUUCUUCUCGGUAAAGUUCACUCAACAAAUUUAGAAAGAUGUACUUGACUUUUCAUAUGUGGAACGAACUGACUUUUUUGUGGAACGAACUGACUAUUUUAUGGAAUGAUCUGACUAUUGAUUGGAAUGAUCUGACUUCGAACAAUGUCAACGAUCUGACCAUGGAACGAAAUGACCGGUUACCGUCAUGCCCCUAGCAGAGUACCAAUGAACAAAAUAAAAUUUUUCUUACAGAAAACACCGAAAGUGACACUCUUUGUAUGGAAGAGUAUUCGGAAAAAUACACCAUUGUCGUCUGAAAUUCAUUGUUACGUUAAAAGUACAAAAGGUUUACACUUAAACAGGUACAGAAGUAACUGUAACAGUGUGGGGUUUUACUUAAGGGGCACCUCCAAAACUAGUUCGUAAACGAGGGAAGGUGUAUCUGUCGUCCAAGCAUCAGAGCACAGGCAAUUUAGGUGGAAUGAGAUAUCCAAAUAGGCUUCUAAGUAAGAAUUUGCCCCUGUGUACAUGUAAUUAUCCAUUUUAUACUGCUUAAAACAGUUUGAAUCACCGGGUUAAUUUUGGGCAAUUUAAGCUUUGUACUGAUAUAGCGAAGAAUCCAGGACCUUCAGUUUAUGUAGAUGCUACAAAAACAAUUAAUACUGUCAAGGAAAUGUUACAGGAUUUGGGGAAAAUGGUGGACAACGAUGUGUCGCAGUGAGUCUGUGCGCUUUAAUUUACAGUAAGAUAACAAAGAUUAUUUCAGUUGAUAUGACUCAAAUAAUGAUUGUUGGUAUUCAAUUAUAUUCUUGUCUGACUCUGCUUGUAAGACAAUCUAUGUUAAUGUUAACAGAAUUGCCAGGAAUGGUUACAGUGUUUGAGCAAUUUUUCCACCUUGAAUACAGUGACAGUUAUACUUUUAACAUCCAUCACUACUGUAUAUGCCACUUACAGGUUACAGCAUUUGAAACACUCUUGGCACUGAACUUCAACUCAUUCAUUUCAAUGGUGGCAAUUAUUGGUCUUGGUAUCUACAGCACUGAGGCUGGGGGAUAUAAUGCAUUUGAUUCUCAUGCUAGAGAUAUGUAUCAUAACAGUCAUAGUGAAGGGACAUGUGUAUUGUUGGAAAUACCAUCCAUGCAUAAAUUAGUACAAUAUUUUCAGACUCUACAUAGGAAUGAGGGUAUAUAUGAACUUAAAGGUGUACAUAUUGCCACCUUUGAACCUCAUCUUUUCUCAAGCAAUGUUGAAAAUUGUAGUAUAUCAAAUGUUAAUACCGGUAGUUACCAAUGUUCCUGUAAACAGUGCUGCCCUAUAGCAGUUUAUUCAAUGUGUUACUCUCUUAUUAAUCCUUGUGGAUACUGGACUUAAGGAACUUUAUUUGCCCUUGUUAGUAACCGGAAUACACUGUACAAAGUGAUGGGUGUGAAAACACAUCUGUCAGUAUCAGUGGAGCUGAGAUAAACCUUACUCUCUGGGCUGUUACCACUUAUGUCCUAUGUUGUAAUUUGGCUCCAAGCAUGUCUGCAUUGAAGAUAUGCAUAUUUUCAAACAGUGUCGUGAAGUUACACUAUUUUUGUUGUGGAUUGGGACAUACUGUAUAAGCUGUGUGGUUCAGCAAACAAGUGGAGUAAAGGAUUUGUCUUCACUGGUAAGAUAUGAUGACAGUUUUUUUAGCUGCAAUAAGGUAUGUUCAAAGUAUCAUACCCGUAGUACGACCACGCCCAAAUAUACGCUCACACAGCGUCUUGUUUCUUCAUGUUUUAAAAGCUAUUGCAAGACAAGAGCCUUUUUAAGGCAUUGGUUACAAAACGAAACAGGUCUUCAGACGUCCAAGGUACUAUUUAUUAUUGUGAAAAGCCAAUCUGCAUCAGAUGUACUGUCACACAGCUGGCACGUGAAACAGUCUUUUAUUCCGACAACUUAUUUCUUCAUGUUUUAAAAGCUAUUGCUUCUUAAAAGACAAGAGCUUUUUUUAAGGCAUUGGUUACUAAACGAAACAGGUCUUCAUACACAGUUUCAUACGUCCAAGUUACUAUUAUUAUUGUGAAAAGCCAAUCUGCAUGAGAUGUACUGUCACACAGCUGGCACGUGAAAUUGUUGGACUUUGCCCCCUUUCGUGGUUCGUACGUGAGGGAAUUCGAGGUAUCACACAGUAAUCUAGUAAACAGAAUUAAAAAGAUAACUCAUGCACACAAUUUGCAUGUGAAGAUGUUGGUCUUUGGCCCUUUCACAAUUCGUACGUAAAAAAAGGCAAAUUGUUUUACCACAAAAGUUUCUCAAACGAUUUUAAGAAAUCACCUCGGCUUUAUUACAACAUCUGCAAUUAAAUUAUGUUUCAUGCAACGUCAAGGUUGAUAUCAAACUGCCGAAACUCAAUACAACAGUAUCUAAUUAUUGUGUCAACUAGCUUCUUCCAAUUUUAUUCCCUAAAGCUACUGUUUCUACUUAAGUUACGCAUCUUUACUAAAUAAAAUACGUUUCAAUAACUAUAACACUCAGUAUGCAAGAAGGAUGUAUCAUGCUGUUCACUUAUUAUUCUUUUUUUUGUUUGUUUUGCCAGAACGAAAAAGGUCUGUUGAACUUUGUAAGCGAGAGAAUAAUAUUUUUAAAGCUUGUUUACAGGAUUAACAAUACUCGGUACAGCUUUCACAAAACUAAGCUGCCUUUUAAGCUUCUUAAAAACCGCAUUAUCUUAUAGGGCGGAUACUUUCGAAUUAAAGUCUAUAUCUAAAUAUCAAUUAUUGCUUCAUUGGAAGAGCUUUGAAAGUAUAUGAUCUUUUGUACUCUACCCAGUUGUAGCACGUGAAACAGAACUGAUACUGACGUGCGUUGUACCGAGCCGAAUUAGGUCAGAAAUGCCUUGAAGCAGCAUCCACACUAAAAUAUGAACCCUUAAACAGCUGCAUCACUGUACACAGCGUUUGAAUCAUGAAAAUAUUUAAUGUAAUUCUUCCAAACACCUGUAGCCGUAAUAAAAGACGAAAAAAUUGUGAAGAAUCAAGAUGGCGGUCUCAAAGUGCCCUUGUUCGACCUUUAGCAACGCCAUGUUUAAUUAGAUGCCAAGAUCUCAUUGGUUCCUAGGCAUCAACUCAUAGUACCUUCAACCUUAUUGGCUCUUGCAACAAACAUCCGAACAAACAAAGAUACAAAGUUACAAAGAUACAAAGACACAAAGAUACAAAAAUACAAAGAUACAAAGCAACAAAGAUACAAUUACGCUCACACCACUGACAUAUGAGCUAUUUUUUCAAAAUAGCUCAAUAAGGCCGCAGUUAAAUAAUCUGUUAUGCAAAUUAGCCCGUUGCUAAGGCUAAAACAUUGUCUACGACGCCAUAUUGAGAGCACGUCACGCAACUUGUUCAAACGAUAAUAUUCGUAUUUUCUCACCACUUUUCGUGCUACAAUCGGAUCAGUGUCACAACAAACAUUAAGAACAGCGGUUUACUCGUAAGAAUUCAAGAUGGCGACGAAGAAAACAGCGCAGCGCGACGUAAAUUAAGGGCGAAUUGAGGGCAAUUUUCCGGCUGUCUUGGACCGCACUGAAAACAAAUCGAAGUAAAAAGAUGAGGAUUUAUAAUACCGCGCUGAAACUUACCAGGUUUAUUCACAUGAUGUAAAGAAAAAAUCUAUUGAAUUCUCGGUAAUUCCCGGAAUAUUCUGGAAUUUUUGCGGCGGCCUGAAGUUACAGGGCAUUAGAAAAAAAUUCCACCUCUAUAUCUCAGGAAAAAUUUACUGGUUACUGCCGGGAAUUUAAAGGUAAAUGAGCAAACUACGUAUAAGUCAGUUCCGAUUUUCUUGUUAUUCCUAGCUGUCGAGAGAAAGCCAGAGAUACGGAAUUAUUGAAUUUUUGAGCCUGCGAUAUAAAUCAGACAUAACACCGUAAGUGUAAAAAUUGACACCUCGCAUAUCAAUUUUCUGAAAGCUCAGCUCUCACUUGAUAGGCCUGUGUAAUUUUUAUUUUGCAAAAUUUUUAAUCAUUUAAAAAAUAAAUUUUUCAAGUGGAAGGGUUCAUAGCAGAUUUAUUAUCAAGUUUCUUGUAGAAUUAAUCGCCUCCUCAUUUUUCUAUCUAAUCUCCAAGCAGGCGAGACCUGGAUGCAGCUGUAAGCACGUUAUUGUUCCUUUUUUUCAUUUUUUCAAGACAACGUUAUUGGAAUUAGGUAUAAAUGUCAAAUGCGCAUGCUUAUGGUCACUCUUCAGAGAGAUUAACCCAGCAAGGCUUGAAUUUAUUGAGGUAGAGUAAUCUGAUAGAGAGGAUGCUACACUAGCUCAAUAUGACGUAGACAAAGAGGAACAGCAAGGAAACUUGUUGUUCCGACCAUUGAAGAAGAUUUCCAAAGAAAAAAAAUACUGUAGCAGUGCGAAGCGCCUUCCACCUUAUAAAUAUCCCCCAAAAAUUCACAAAACAUCGUGAGGAGAGAAAGUAAAUAUUUUCAAGCAUAUUUUUUGCAUCCAUUGCAAAUUAUGACUAAAGUACGCACAUACAAAUGAUUUAUUUAAAGCUAUCAAUGGUAAACGUUAUAGUAAACAGUAAUGAAAACAAAUGGACUUGUACCAUGUUUUUCUACAAAUUCAUGGGAAAAAGCAAACGUGAUAUUUUUGCAAAAAGAACAAAUCUGGCGUAAAUGUAUGUCAAAGUUGUUUAAUUAAGAGGUGUCAAAAAAAGGCAAAUGUAAAGAAGAUGUCAAAUUUACGUCGCCGUUUCGCGCAAAUCAACAAACAAAUACCUUAUACCUUCAAAAUUUCUCCUGAUUAGGUCAAAUUUAAGGCCUUUAAUUUGCAUCCAAUUUACGUCGGUUGCAAAGCUGUUUAAAUCCAAUUUUUCACCCAGUGUCAAAAACAGUAAACGUCGCGUGGCCAUUUGUCCGCCCCUCCCUUUAUGCUGUUUUUAUAAUUAUAUAAAUUCCCUCAAUUUUAAAUUAACAGUGAGCUUUUAUCCUCGUCUUUCGUUGCCCUCAUACGCGCAACUGUUGGAGUUGUAUAAUUGUUUUUUUCUCUAUUCGCAACUAGUAAUUUUGCGACUUCUCUUUUGACCUCAACAUGAAAGAAAGAAGUGUUCUUAUUUGCUUCCUAUUUUACCUGUUGGUAGCAUCGCAAUGCGUCAUUGAUAACGCCUCCUCCUCUCUCGCUAAGGUAAGAAUGUCCAAGAAUUCAAAGUGAACCACGCAGAAAUGAUUUUAACUUGUUGAAUUUUGCAGCCAAAAGUUCAAGCAGAGUAAACACAGUUAUAGUGUUCGAAGUCUUUAAGCAGCAGUCUUCAUGUUUUUACUUAAUUAUUAGAUAACAACAUAAAUAUUGCCAGGCUGGUGAUAAACUCUAUUUAUUCUAAUAAAUGCUUAAGUCUUGUUCUUUAAUUUCUCUUAACAGCGAAUAGAUUCGUUAAUGAAGAUAUUUAGAAAACGUACUGUAGUUUUAAAGUACAUCUAACGAUCGGGCUGCGCGAAUGAACAUCUACCAUCGGAGCCUGUCCACGAUAGGGUGUAUUAAAAGCGUAACCCUCGCGUUAUCACAGCCUGUUUCCUAAAGAGAAUUAUAAAGAAAUUUAAUAUUAAGGCUGGUGUUUGAUUCUGCAUGUGUCCCGUGUGAGAUCAACGACAAUCAUGAAUUUUAUUAUUUCCAAUAAUUUUUAUUAGUGAACAAUAAGUGAAGUAUGGAUUUUAAUAACAUACCUCGACUAAUUAUUUAACGAAUAAUUAAAGUAUAGCCAAGUGAUUAAAUAAAAACCAAGUAAUUAGCAUAUGACUAAAAAUUGAAUUAAUUAUACAGUGAAGACCUAUAAAUGAGCAUACAUGUCAACUGGUCUCUACAUUCGCAUCUACUGGCCUCGGAAAUGCAGCCUUAAACCCUUCUUUUAAAUGCAAAUAACCUAAAAUACUAUAGAGAGAUUGUCUAAAAUGCAGCAUUAAACACUCCUUCCUCAGUCAGACGUAUUAGAAUAUGCAAUGGCGGAAGCACCAUGGUUGUGGCCAACCCGAAAGCUUUUCUCCUUUGUCCACUACACACUUUUCCAAAGCAAUAUUUAUUGCAACAUGUAUACUAGCUCUGAUUUUCCCCUUUUUUUUAGUUUCUAUUUUUAUUCUAUUUAUGUACUUUGUUUUGAAUAACUGUGAAUAAACUGAACUUGAACUUGAACUCAAACUUUCUAAUAAACUGCAAAAAAUCCUGAACAAAGAUCGUACUAGUGGUCAUUGUUGAAUCUCAGUAGAGAUCAGCUCAACUUGAAUCAAGUAACAUCCCCGACCUGCAGAAAACUGGUUUAAUUAGCCGGAAUAACUUUUUGAUUACAUGAACACGUUGUGUAAGCUUUGCAGUAGUCCUUGAAUUUUUCGUAUAUUAUUUUUACUACCAUUUUUAAGCAAAAUGGUUUUAUCCUCUGAUUUCCUUUAACUCUUUACAUAGAACUCAAACACGUGCUUGCAAGGAUCGCCUGGCCUCCCUGGACGUAACGGAGUAAAUGGACAUAAUGGGUUACCAGGCCGCGACGGCCGAGAUGGUACAAAAGGAGAAAAGGGCGUGGCAGGUCCCUCUGGAUCACGUGGUGAGAAGGGAGAAAUGGGACCAAGUGGAACAGAUACUGAUCACAGGAACUGGAAACAGUGCGCGUGGAAGACUAGCGAUGGUCGUGAUAUUGGACUGAUUAAGGUUGGUUGAUUUUUGCCGUACAUUUACCAUAACUGUCUGUUGUUCGUUUAGAUGGAUCAUUAGCUAGUUUAUCUCCCAAUGAUGACAUAUACAGCUAUUUCGAAAAAGGCUGACGGAAAAAGUGCACGCGACAAUCCCGAAAGGUAGUGUGGGGGGUUUUGAGAUCACUGUUCUUUCGAGAAAUUUUUAAAAAAUGGCACGAGAGGCUAUGGACGUAUGUUUGCGAGUUCUAAAGUGAAGCAGCAAAAGUAGGUUCGACUGCUACAGUGUCAGAAACAGUGUAUUGAUCGUAUCCCAAACUACCUCUCGGGAUUUUCACGUGCACUUUUUUUUCCGACAAUUUUUCUCUAAAUACCUGUAUCUUCAUAAGAGUUAUUAUCCAGUGGUAUUUUUACAUGGGCGAAAAAAGAUCUUUUAAAUAGACAUGGAAAUAAUCGGUGUUUCUGUUCUUGCAGGAUUGUCAGUUCACUAAAACCAAGGAUGAUACUGCUCUUCGUGUUGUUUACCAGGGUAACGUCUAUGUGGGAGGGUGUGCUAACUGCUGUAAGCGAUGGUUCAUCACUUUCAAUGGAGCGGAGUGCAGUGGUCCCCUGCCUAUUGACGCAGUGCUGUUUAUCCGAAAUAAAGACGAAGACAACCACAGACCCGGGUUCAUUGAGGGCUACUGUAACAACAUACACAAGGGCAAAAUCCGAGUUGGAAUCAACAUUGGAAAUUGUGCAGGAUUUGGAAACUCCAAUGGCUAUACAGGCUGGAAUUCAGUGUCCCGUUUGAUCAUUGAAGAAGUCCCUCGUUCCCAGUGA